CGGAGUUUUGAUUACUGGCGUUACGGUUUUAGUUAUGCUAAGGUUCAAUGUUGUUCUGGGUAUAACAGUUAUCUGUUUUCUACUGCAUCAUGGCUUCACAUUUAUAUUUUAUGUCGUCAUUGCGACUCUUUCCUUUGCUGCUGGUUUCUUUUUAAUGAAUGAACAGCCUGUUGUGCAUUUCCGCAAGAGAGAUCUUUUAUUCUCCAAAGGGAUUCCAAAGGUGACGGCUAUCAUGGAUGCUGAGGGUGUCACGAGACCGAAUAUACGUGUAUCUCCUCAUCAGGACCUAGACUACGUGCUUAACCAGGUAGUUUUGCAAAUGUUUCUAUCACCGCAGAUUGUAAGCUACAUUAUCAGAGACUACAUAACUCCUUGGUACAACUCUCUCACACCGGACGAUUCAUUUCCAAUGGAACUCCAUAAACUCCUUUUACGGGUUGUUGCGAAUGUGGUUAGAAGAGUUUCCGACGUGGAUUGGGUGCCUUUUUUUACUGAAACGCUUCCUUCUUUCAUGUCUGCCCAUGUUCGUGUCUACCGAAAUAUGCUGGACAGAAAGGCAACCUAUCCUGACAGAGGUAUUUGUCGUAUUACCUAGUAAAACUGAAGAUUAUGCGAAAUUAUUUUUUGAUGUUGAGGCUGAGACAGAGAAAAGUAUAUGUCACGAAGAAAUCUGUAAUUCUGAAGAUCGGGAGAAAGACCAUCUUCGUUUGCUAAGUGAUAUGUUUUUAUUCUUUGUUACCCCUACUGAGGAAUAUGGUGUGCCUGGUAUACGAUAUAUAACCCGGGAGUUGCUGGUUAAUUCUGUCCUGAUGCCAAUGAUCAACUUGUUAUCGGAUCCCGAUUUCGUUAACAGAACCAUAGCUUGGUUUGCAUCAGAUAGUGCCUAUACGAGUGAGUAUUUCUGCCAAGCACUACGCAUGUCUGAAAGCACUGAAGAGAUAGAUGUUGUCAUUCGUCAGCUAAAUAGUUUCAUGGAUAAACUUCGGGGUCACGACACUGGUGGUGAUGAUGAUGCUCUUAUUAAAGCGCAACUUGGAAGUCUCGAUUAUGUCAGAAAAAUAUGUUUAAUUCGUCGAAGGCAAAUUCAAGAAGGUGUAGCUGAAAAACCCGGACGUGUAUUAGCUUAUCACUUACAACCGGAUGCACGAAUUUAUGAUAUGUCAUUUCAAGAAUUAAUGACUAAAAGUGUUGCAGUUGUUAGCUUUUUAGAUUUUCUGGCUUCCAUUAAUAAACAUUCAUUACUUCGAUUGUAUUUAAAUUGUGUGAGUUUCCGUGAAGGCGUCAGUAAAUUAAUACCCAACGCAACUCUUAAUCAAAAUAUUGAUCCUUCAGUGUUGGCUCUUGCUGAAGCUUCACGAAUGGAGGCUAUUACUUCUGAUAUGUCAACUAGUAUUAUAACUGAAGAUUUAUGCUUAAAUCCUACAAAUCCAAUUGACAUUAUUAAUACCGAUGAAGAAUCUCUAUCAGUCUCAGAUCCUCCUAAUUUUGAAGGCACACAAACUGAAGUUGCUUCCAGUUUGUGUGACAAUGAGAAAGAUCUAAUUGAAAAAGCAGAUUCAAUAACAACAUCUUUAGAUGAAGGUGGACAGCAAAACACAAUGGUCAUAAAUGAAAAUGUUAAGAAAAAUAUACUAGAAAAAAGUGGAGAAGAUGAGAUUGUUGAUGAUUCUAUUGAACAGUUGCGCGCAUUUGGCAUAACAAUAUGCAGUAAUUUAUUGCACUUUAUGCCUUUAUCAGCUGAACCACUAAUCCAACGUACAUUAAAGGCACUUACUGGUGAACCGAAUUCAUUAAAUCCUAAUGCAUUCACUGAAAUUGAGGCACAUAUUGUUAACAUUCUCUCAGGUCCCGAUUGUUUUGGUGCAUUUAAACGUAGUAGUCAGUAUAUUCAUCUUUUGGCUGAGUUAGAUUUACUCAAGGAACCAUUAGAACAAUCUUCAUCGUCUAAUUUUAUAUCCGUCCCUUCCAUUUCAAAUGAUACAUUACCCCAAAGUCAAUCUCAAUCAUUAUCUCAACCUGACAAAAUGACUGUUUCAAGCGAUUCUGUAAUUCAUAAUGUUUCUUCCUUAUCUCAAAUGUCAUGUUCUGCGAAUUCUGUUGAAGAUUGUACAGAUUGGAAAUGUAUAGAAAAUGACUGUUCUAAAGAAACGAAACAAUCAGGGCUGCCAAGAUUAUCGGAACCUCCUAUCAUUUCAUCAACAAAUAAUACUGGAUGUGGGGUUUUUGAUGAUGCUUACACAGCUGUCAUAACUCGGGCAGAAAUAAUGCAUGAUUCUUAUGUAAUUUAUACUAUAAAAGUUACACGUACUAUACUAUCUAAUGCUCAGUCAGAAUGUUGGAAUACUUUACGUCGUUUCAGACAUUUUGUUGAACUGCACUCGUUUCUUACAAAUAGAUGUGGUCGUAUCACUGAACUCAAAUUACCAUCGAAAAUUGCAUUUAAUAACAUGAGCCCUGAAUUUUUAGCACAACGUCGACGUGGACUUAAUGUUUAUUUGAAUACAUUAUGUAGCAGUGAAUUUCAGAAUAAUCAUCCAGGUAGUCGUCCUUUGUGCGUUGAAUUUCUACAGCCUGAUAGCUGGGAAAGAGGUCAUGUUGAAGCACGUAUUGUCUCUGCAAUUUUAACACCUUUUCGUACAGUUAGCAAUGCUAUGAUGUCUGUUCCAGAUACAUUAGCUGAUGGUUUAAAUAAGAUAUUCGCAAAUAAAAAUUUUCCAACAUCUAAUUCACCUAUUCUUUCUCGUAAUGAUGAAAUGAUGAAAAAAUCCAGUGAAUUUGAAUUACAAGAAUCAUUGGAUAUGUCAUUAGAAUCAUCAAAGAGUUCUGAUUCAUAUGAUUAUAAUGUUCGAGAUGAAACACCAAUUCGAAUUUUAUUCUUAUUAGUCGAUGAAAUAUUUGAUUUACAUAGAGAAAGUCAAUUUACUAGACAAGGAAAUUUCGCUAUUUUACGCAAAAUAUUCCAAACAUUUUUUGGUAUUCGAGUCAAUAAAAUGAUCAUUGCUAAAGCUUGUGAAUGGACAAGUGCACCAAAAAUCACCCAACUGAUUACUUAUUUACGUGAUUAUUUUUGGCCUCCCAAAAAUAAAUCAUUAAAAUCUACAGCUUUAACUGAACGUGACAAAGAGAUGAAAUUACGUACUCGUGUUCUUUGUAGAACUGUACUACUGGGAAGUGUUUCUGAGGAAUUUGCACAAUUUCUUGGUAAUGAAACUACUCGUCGUGGUGUAUCCUGUGUAUUUAAUAUGCUUCAGGAAGAACGUUUCAAUCGUAGAUUCGUACAUACAGUAUUAGAAGCAUUUCUUUGUCACUUAUUUCGACCAUAUCAUGCACAUUGGGAAGCUAUUUAUGAAAAAGAUUUAUGCCCAUUAAAAUGUGGACGAAUAUGUCGUUCGCAUAAAUCAUCUGUAUAGAUAAAAUGUAUACUUUACUAACGAAAAGAAUAUUUGCUUAGAAAAAUUGUUUUUCUUAAAGAUUCUACUUCUUGUUUAUGUCAAGAAAGUAUGAAAUUCAUCCAAUGUACAUGUGUUUAGUGAUACAGUCUUAUUAUAUACAUUUAUAUUAAUUAGAGGAAUAUUUAAAAUCUGUUCACAGUUUUCCUGUUGAGUGUAUAGAUUAAUUCUCCAGUUACUUACGCCUGUUACUCCUAAUGGAGCAUAUGCCGCCGACCAGCAUUCUCCAACCCACUCCGUCCUAGGCCUUCUUUUCUAGUUCUAUCCAAUUCUUGUUCACUUUUCUCAUGUCUAUCCCCAUUUCUCGCCGUAAUGUGUUCUUUGGUCUUCCUCUUUUCCUUUGACCUUGAGGAUUCAAUAUAAGGGCUUGUCUUGUGAUACAGUUGGGUGCUUUCCUCAAUGUGUGUCCUAUCCACUUGCAGCACUUCUUCCUAAUUUCUUCCUCCGUUGGGAUCUAGUUUGUUUUUUCUCACAGUCGGUUGUUGCUAAUAGUGUCCGGCCAACGAAUCCGAAGUAUUUUGCGUAGACAACUGUUAAUAAACACCUGUAUUUUCUGGAUGAUGGCUUUCGUAGUUCUCCAGAUACAGUCUCAUUAUCUGUUUAUUCUGCUUGCUCUCUUCACUGUCAUUCCCUGAUUUGACUUUGUCUAGUAUUUAUUAUAAUAUAUUACUUACUAAUAUUCUAACUAUUAUGGAAAGAACUUCCUUGGACUACAUUAUGACAUGUAUAAACCUUAUGGAUAACUUAACAGCUAAAUGAUAUGAAAUCUAUUACUUACGUGUUCAUGAAUAACUCUCAGGGUCUAUUUGCAAUCGAAUCGUUUUGAUCUGAUUUCUUGGAUCGUAUUGUUAUAUACAAUUAAACUUAUCAUUAGUUUAACAAAUAAUAGUCUAUAUUAACUGUGAUCAAUAUGAUUUCAUAUAUUCUAUUAUAACUUACUCCCUAAAUAACUCAUAUUAUAGAUCCAUUGUAUAGAGUGACUUAUAUGUUUGUUUUUAUUUUAAUCUCCUUUCAAUAUUACUUAUUAUGUUGUAUACGUUAUAAGUCAAUUUAGCCUAUUUAACAUCAUUAUCAAUCGGUCAAUUAAUUCUCUUCACAAUCCAUCUUAUUUCAAUUGUCUAUUCAAUAUAUGAAAAGUAUUGUUUGUAAUAUGUUCUUCUUUUAUAUAUGACAAUUUAUUAUUCACAAUGUAUGAUCUUAAAUCAUUUGUACAGUGUGUUGAAUAUUUCCCGCGUUUUUUCUUUUGGUUUCAAUGACCAAUCUGAUUUUUGUUGACUUUGCGUAUAUGAUUGCGGGGGAUGGUGGUGGUGAAAGGAAAGAUGUUACGUCAUCUGUUGUUUUAAUUUUGGUACAUGUUAUUUAUUUGAAUGAAUAUGUUAGUAUUAGUUAGUAUUCAAUGGUUAUCUUACCAUAAAGAGAACUAUGUUAUUUUUCUUCUAUUUUCAAUAUUAUUUAGUUAUCUGACUGAUUUAUUCUUGAAGUAUCUUUCAGUCAGUUGAAUCAAUAUUUGACUACAUGUGCAAUAAUAAAAAUGUAUUUUCAAAGAUAAGCUAAACAUAUCAAGACUUUUUUUAUUGAGUAAUCAGAAAUUCAGGAUGGAAUUAUUUAGUUCCUGUUAUAUUUCUCUCUUACAGUUAUAACCCAGCUAUUCCUAUUGCUUAGUAUUUUUGGACACCGGUUCACUCGACAAGUCCCCAAAUCAGAACACGGUUGAACAGGAAGGAGAUUAUAUUCCAAAUAACAAGGUUAGAUGGAAGCAAGUCAGAAGCACAAUAGGGAAAAACGUCAGUAUAUUUAUAGUUUUUACCUGAGAAGAUUCUAGAGUAUUCUCCAUGUAUCUAGUGCUGAUUGGAUAAAAGAUUAGCCAAUCAGCGUGCACCAAAGCAAUCGUGCAUUGAGCAUGCUUUAAUCCAGUCUAUGUCCACUAACAGUUCCUUUGAGUAGUGGGUAACUUUUGCUAAGUUUAAAAUAUUGAUACCUUAGUGUUAUACAUAAUCUUUUGAAAUGUGAAAGUUAAUCUACACGACGAUUUAAUCGUAAAAAUUAACGUUUUAGUUUUUGUUUUUUUUCCACAGAAAAUAUAAACUGUACAAACCACUGAUUUUACUGCUGUUGAUUAAUGAAUAAUAUGUUGCUUGUUUAUGUUAUCAUCUCUUGAUUAGAAAGUUAUAAAUUGUACACCACUGAGAUCAAUUUUGAUCCAUCUCAUCUAUAGCUUUCAACCAUUGAUCAAGCUUGGCAUAUAAUUUACAUUUCAUAUGUCUACCCUACUAUCGACCAUAUCAACUAUAUAGAAACCGAAAUUCUUUUACAAAUACUUAGUUCUACACAAAAGCUCUAAAAAAUGUUAUUUCGAAGCUAGAUUGACAAACCCUCCAAAUAGAAACUACUUCGACAAUGAAUUUUUUCGUAAAGUUGAUUUAUGUGGAAAUAUUUAGUUAUCUACAGAUUUUUACCCAUCAAUAAAAUAUCCAUUACCUAGAUUUAUAUUCUUAACGAUAACAGUUAUUCAUAUUCAACAUAGGGUCUGGCAUAAAUAUGCGCCAGCUCAAGUUGCCUUACCAUAUCACUACAGCGAGAAGAAACUAACAAGGUGAAUAGAAAUGGAGUCGAGAUAAUCACCUGAAUGCUUUAGUUUUCUUAAAUGAAUUAUAGAUACCAUUUAUUGUUCUGAAUCUGGAUGGCCAAAGACGCCUUGAUUGAGUGAUUAACCUUGGGCUGUGGCCGAGAUAAUUUAACUCGUCCCGGUCCAAGUAUUCAGUCCACAAAAGAACAUAGCAACAGACAAGCUCCUAUCCUUGUUAAGUUAAUCAGUCAUUAACCUAAGCACUCAUGAAUAAUCAGAGCACCAUACAAAUCAAAUGGGAAUUUGUAGUUUAUACAUAACUGGCGGAGAACGGAACAAAAGGUAAAUAAUUAACUCACAGUAAUUAAGGGAUAGUAAAAUGUAUAGCAAUACGUGAUGAGUCCAACGGGAGUUUACGAUACGGGGAGUGCAGAAAUAAAAUGACAGUUAUUUAAUAAUUGUAAAAUAAAAAUCUAGAUAAAAAUUAUCCGGGAAGUAGUUCCAAAAGUCACCACUUUCCUAACAUUCUCUGAGUUACAACAAUAGUGGGAGUAUCAAUUAAAGGGAGCAAGUGAAGAACACGGUCUGAGAAGUAAUAAUGAAAACGUAUGUAGGAACGGAUACCGACACUAUCCAGAGGAAGAUAAAGAAUGAAUGCAUCUACAACGAGCUCUGUGCCAUUUCACUCACCCACUAAUCGCAAGGUAUGGGAAUAAGAUAUAGGCCAAAAGAACUUGAAUAAACACGAAAAUAGGAGUUUGCUCAGUUUUUACAAGAGAUAAUUCUACCAGCGUAUGGUAGAUCGACUGGUGAGGUUGUGAGUCACUGCGUGUUACGUACACUCAACUAAAUCCUACCUUGAGGAGCGUUAUUAACCGGGGUAGGAGUAAGGUAAAAAGAAACUGGGAAUGGCCAAACUGAGACGUAGCAUCAAUCCAUGCACUCAUUAACUAUUGAAGUUAUGUUAGUAGAUGUAGACCAGCUGGUUUGGGCGGAGUCGGUAGUUGGAAACGUCGUAUGACAUUGUUCAGUGCAAUAGAUGCAUUUACUUCUAUGUCCCUCUAAAUAUUAAGUCCCAGUAUUCCUUCAUGCACACGUUUUUAUUGUUAGUUUUUGAACUCUAUUCUUUACUAUUUAGUCCUGCUCACUAUUAUUGGUGGUAUAUUAUUUUCGACUACUUCGCUAUUCAUCUUGGUAAUUUGUUUUUACUAUGCUGAUCUUAUUUGGUGUUUUUGGGAGACGUACGAUUUUUACCUGAUGUGUGACCAGCGAAAGUAAGAUGUGACUGGGCACCGACUUUUUCUAAAUGUUGUGAUACUAUCAAGUGUUGUGGAUUUCUUUCUAUGAUUUAGUUCUACUGACUUAACUGUGGACUAAACUCUGUGUGAAUUGCUAGCAUCUAUUUUAAAAAGAUGAUUUUCUGGUCUGUUGGCUAAUUUUCGGUUAUUGAUCGUGAAUUCUAUAGUUGGAUAUAACGUUUCAAGUCAUAGUAUUAUCCUAUUGUAUGCUGAGUAUACAAAAAACAUUUUUUCCGUAACAACAGUAUCAGGCUCUGUAUCCAAUAUAACCAAAUGAUUGUCAAUUCUUUUAUGGACAGUACCGGGAUAUCUCUAUAUAAAACAUAAAGGAAAUUGAUUAAUUCAGUCUAAUAACAAAAUAAUA